AGUGAGCGAGUUAGCAAACACACAGGAGCAGGGCGAGCCGACGUCUGUUAAGCAGCUGAUCGGCCACCCAGAUAGAGAGGGAGAGGGUGAGGGGAGGGGAGGGGAGAGAGGAGUGACUACUGAUGCUCCAGUAAUCUCUAAUGUGUGAGUCAGUGCAGUGGAGAGCAGAGCAGCAACAGCAGCAGCGUGAGACACGUUUCCCCCUCAUGAGCGUCAACAGCGCAGAAGGGCAGGAUGAGAAAGCAGAGCAGUUAAGCAAGAGGAGGAAGUGAGCAAGAGAAAGCAAGACGGACAGAAGCUGACGUUAGGUGGGAGAGAGGAAAGAAGACAGGUCCACGGCUCCUUUUCGAAGUAGAAAGGACUGUGGAAGAUCUUUGAAUCUGUCUGACAGCAGCCACAAUCGAAACGAGCCCAGAGGAAGAGGAAGUUUUGCUAUUUAAUCUUGGAGGUGGCAGCAGGUUCAAAGACUCAACGUGCUGCAGGGAUGUCCUGGUUGUCUCCGGUCCAGUGGGCCAAAUGGACAUGGUCAACGGUGACUGGGGGUGCUGGGGACGAGGGGCAGCCCAGAUCCAGGGAUGACGGAGAGGACAAUUCAGACUCGGAGGGGACCUUUGGGACUCCUGAGGCAGAGUGUCCAGGUGUUGUGAAGCUGCUCAGCCAACUGGACAACUCCAACCACACAGUUCUUCCUGAUGUCACAAACCACUUUCUGGACAAGAACUCCAACCAGGAUGUGGGCCCAGUUUCAUCCCGAGAGGUUGAUUCCCUGAACAACCUCACCGGCUCCUCACCAAUCGACCGUAGCUUUGGUUUGGACCAGAACCUCAACCUGACCCUCAGCAGCUAUCCCGGUGCUGGAGGGGACCUCUCGCCAUCCAGCCCUCUGCCCCAGCCUCAAGCCCUCCGGCCCCCAUCGUUGUCCUUCCUUUCCCCGCUGAACAAACCAGAUCCUUCCGAGGUGGACGACCAGGCUCCGGUGACAUCUGACUCCAGCCCGGACUCGAACUUGAUCUCCAGUCAUGACAUUUGUGUGGAUCCCGACUUGCUUAAUGGCAACAUGAACUCCAACACACAAAGCACAAAACUGACCUGUGAGACCAACGGCACAAGUAUCACGACUGCUGAGCAGGUCCAUUUCCUCUGUGUUCUGUUGAACUCCUGUAAAGUGAAGCAGACCGAGCCGAUGCAAAAGGACUUCAGCGGACAGGUGAGAACUGAUAAUGAGGACCAUCAUGGAGACCACGCCACAGACGAGGAGAAGCUGGCGAGCAGUACCAGUGUCAAACCAGACAAGGACCAAAGCGACUGCCAUGUGACAUCAAAACCUGAGGACUCAGACUGCUGCUCAGUGCAGUUUGAAGACCCAUGCAAACUGAAGAACAAGCCACAGGGAAGUGAAAUGCAGAAAACAGGAAGUCAGGUCCUGGACUCCAUCUGCAUCAGUGAGGCAGAAAAACAUGCCGUUCUCACCCUCAUUAGAGAGGAGAUCAUCACUAAAGAGGCAGUAGCCAACGACUGGAAGAAAAAGUACGACGACAGCAGACAAGAAGUCAGCGAGAUGAGGAAGAUUGUUGCAGAAUAUGAGAAGACAAUCGCUCAGAUGAUCGAGGACGAGCAGCGCAACAACCAGAGUUCCCAGAAGGCUUUGCACACUGUGACGAUGGAGAAGGAAGCCGCUCUGGCAGACCUGAACUCCGUGGAGCGCUCUCUCUCUGACGUGUUUCGGCGUUAUGAAACUAUGAAGAGCACCCUGGAGGGCUUUAAGAAAAAUGAGGAGGUGCUGAAGAAGUGUGCUCAGGAGUAUCUGGCCAGAAUCAAGCAGGAGGAGCAGAGAUACCAGACACUUAAACUCCAUGCUGAGGAGAAACUAGACAAGGCCAAUGAGGAUAUUGCUCAGGUGCGCGCAAAGGCGAGCUCAGAGAACACGGCGAUGACCGCCAGUUUGAGGAAGGAUCAGAUGAAGAACGAGUCUCUGGAACAAGCUCUGCAGCAGAAGAAUCAAGAGAUGGAGGAACUCACUAAGAUCUGUGAUGAGCUGAUUGCCAAAAUGGGAAGAAUAGACUGAGAGACACUCCCUGUGAUCAGCCACUAGCGUCCCUCCGGUCCUGCCUAACAGCGACGCCCUGUGCAUGCCUCCAGCCAUCUGCCAGCCCUGCAUCACAGAGACUGCUUCUAUACAGAUGUCUAAAGUAACUUCAUGUAUACUAAAAUUGCACUACUUGUGACCUGAAUCAAAAAGGUUCUCUACAUGCUAAUAAUUGUUGUAGUUGGGACUCUGUUAUGUGUAUGUGGUCACGUUGUUUUGUUUGCAUUUUUGCCCAGUAUGAGGCAUCUGGACCUCUUGUGUUUUCGCCCUUCAUGCCAGUGAGCAACAAACAUCUUGUGACUCAAUUUAAAUUCCCAGCAGCUUAACGGCUAAAUUUCCAGCAACGCCUGGGAGGACAUCAUGCAGGCGGGGGUUGUUUAAGAGUUACAUUUAGGCAUACAGUAUAUUUCGCUUUGACAAGGAUUGUUUUGUAAUAAUGCAACGAUCCAUGAAAUGUAUUUUUUUAUAAAGUGAACAAGGAUUUUACUCUGAAAGAGCAAAGCUCAGGGGUAUUGUGUGGAGCAGAACGAGGUCAGGGUCAAAGUCAGGGCUGCACAAGAACUGUAGGAAAGGAUUAAGGAUUGUUUGAGGAAACACAGUAGAGCUCAGAGGCCUUGGUUUGUUCAGGAGAGACAUUGAAACCAGACUGCGUUUGGACCACAUGUCAGUAAAACUAACGCUGCAAAUAAUUCAAAGCAUUUGCUUUAUCUGGAUUCUGGACAAUUCAAGUAGCUGCGGAAAGUGUCACAAGUAUGAUAACUGGACAAUCAUAGACUUUGCUGUAAUUAUAUAACUUAGUGGAAUUGUCUUGUCUGAAGUCAGUAAAGACACAACUUUAUGCUGAAGAGAAACGAGAACAACUGGAAAACAUUAAAGCAUAGUGACUCUAUAUUUUGGUUAAAUAUAUUUGAAUCUAUUAUAAGGAAAGCAAGCACUGCAAUAUGUCAACAAUUAUUUUCUUCUUAAAUCCUCACUGUGUCACAGAGUGUCCACUGAUCACUUGUACCUCCAACCAAGAGAAGUAGAGCGUUAAAGAGCUUUGUACGAGGUUUCUGUCUGUUGCUCAUGUGUGAUGAAAAUGUGACCUCUCAUGCCUGUAUUUACAGCACUGCACCAAUUAUUCAGCAGAUAAAUCUGUUUCUUUGCAUGAUUAUUUUCAUAGCUUUGUAUUUCUCAGAAUGCAGAUUGUUUUCUUAACACACCAGUCAAACUAGUUGUGUAGCUAUGACUUAGGAGGCUGUGAUUUAGUAACUGGGUAUCAGGUAUCGGGUAUCAGCCACAGUUUAUAUUUGUGCCAUUCUAAUUUCACGUUGCAUCUCGUUACUCAGCUGGUUUGUCUGUGCUUUACAAAGUAUUGUUUUGUCACUUUAGCCCCUUUCUUUGAUUAUUGUUUGUACAUUAGAAAUGAGGAUCUCACACUUGUGUUGACACUUUGAGGACUAACAGUGUGUGGGUGUGUACAUUUGCCUGAAUAAACAUAAAUAUAAUUUGUUCUA